AUGGGCACCACCUCGCCCGCCACCGUCGGCCCCGCGCGGCACUCGGCCGCCUCCGCCGCCUCGUUCCGCUCAGACGACCUGCUAGCCAUCAAGACAGCAAAGCUCGCGCGUCUCGCCCCGCCGCCGCUCUCGCUCUCCGCGCUGUCGACGCACGCGGCCUUCGACGAAAGCGACCUGCGCCCGCCGAGCCUGGUAUCCGACCGCACGUCGACCGUGUCAUCCACCGCCUCGCCGCGCCUCAGCCUCGCCCUGCCGUCGCCCUUUCCGCUACUGCCGCUCUUCCCGCCCAAGUUCCAGCCGUACGCGCACGACGUGUUCGGCGACGACAGCGAGAGCGUGUUCGAGCAGCGGACGUACGCCGCGCCGAGCCCGGUGCUGCUGCGCUCGGGGUUCGCCGGUGCCCGCGCCGUCUCGAGCUCGACGGCCACCGCCGGCGCCGAGGGGGAGGAAAGGAGAAGAGAGACGUCGACGACGCGGAGGAAGCACCACUCCGUCGUGCCCGUCAAAGGCGUAACUACGCCCCACGGCACGCCGCGCACCGAGAGAUUUCCAGACCUACACCGCCCGCUGCCGCCCCUGCCGCCCGGGUUGGCGGCCGAGAGACCGACCAGACCGAAGAGCAAGAGCAAGAGCAAGGACAAGGCGCGCGUCCACCGCUCCACCACGAGCACCAGGCCGGCACCACUCGACCCCGCGCCGGCGCCACCAAUGCCCCCUACCCCCGUGACGCCGUACGCGGGCGUCGCGCACUCCCCUGCGCCCGUUGAGCGUGACCGCGAGCACGAGCCCCCGCCACCCGCCCGUGGCUCGCGCGCGUCCACCGCGUCUGUCGGCGCGCAAGAUUCCGCAGACUUCGGCGGCGUUGGCGCCUUGUUUGUGGUCGGGCUGAGGAUUGAGAGAGACGAGAGCUAG